AUGAAACUACUCUCCUUAGUUGCUGUUUGCGCCUUGGUUUCUGCUGGCAUUGAGGCCAAAACGUUCCUGUUUCCUAUUCCUCAAGACGUUGCAUGGUCCGGUACUAGCGCCAUCGUCUCUAGCAAUUUCAAAUUUCAGGGCAUUCAAAACAAGCUUGUGCAAGCUGCUGCCGAUCGCUAUUUGGCCUUGAUCAAGAAGGAACAGUGGGUUCCUGUUCAAGUCCCUACUGACAACUCUACUGUUAAAUUGACCCGCAACGAGAUUCAAGGUAUCAACUUUCAAAUAUCUGACAAUACUGUUAAAUUGGAUGUCGAUGUCGAUGAGUCCUACAAUUUGGUUGUUCCUGAAUUGGGUGGUUUUGCUAAUGUGCGUGCCGAAACUUGGGUGGGUGCACUCCGUUCUCUGGAAACCUUUUCUCAAUUAGUUGUCUCUGAAGGCGACAAGUUGGUUGCUCACACUGCCAACAUCACUGACGCUCCUUCUUAUGGCCAUCGUGGUAUCUUGCUUGAUACAUCUCGCAAUUACUAUCCAGUGGAUGAUAUCUUGCGUGUGCUGGAUGCUCAAGCUUACAACAAGAUGAAUGUAUUACAUUGGCAUGCAACCGACUCCCAAUCAUGGCCGUUGUAUUUCAAAAGCCAUCCUGAACUCUCUGAAAAGGGUGCUUAUUCUAGCAAGGAAGUUUAUACUCAAGCAGAUGUGCAAAAGAUCCUUUCUUAUGCCGAGGCUCGUGGUAUCAGAGUCGUCUUGGAAGUCGAUAUGCCAGCUCACACAGCUACCAUUGGCGAGUCUCAUCCUGACUACAUGAUUUGUACAGACCAGUUCUGGGCUGCUUAUGCCGCAGAGCCUCCUGCAGGUCAACUGAAUCCUAUCAAUGACAAAGCCUUUGGUCUCGUUAAGGAUAUUGUCAAGGAAGCUACUCAGACUUUCCCCGACACGCUGUAUCACACUGGUGGUGAUGAAAUCAACACUGCUUGUUAUGAAUUGGACGCUGGUAUCAAGGAAUAUAGCAAGAAAAACAAUUUGACCACACAUGAGAUCUGGUUUGAGUGGACCAAUAAGUUGUUGGCAUUUGUCAACAAUGAGACCAACAAGCGUCCAAUUAUUUGGGAAGAUCCUAUCAAGGAUGGCGGAAGCUACCCCAAGAACACGAUUGUCCAGUCCUGGGUAAAGCCUCCUGCCGUUUACACUGAGCUUGGCUAUGAUGUGAUCGUCAGCAACUAUGAUUACUUUUAUCUUGAUUGCGGUCAUGGCGGUUGGGUUGGUAAUGAUGAGCGUUAUAUCAGUCCUACUCAAACUGAAACUGCUACUGAUACUUUCAACUAUGGUGGCGUUGGUGGCUCCUGGUGUGCUCCUUUCAAGACAUGGCAACGUAUUUACAGUUUCGAUAUGACUUACGGCAUUGAUAAGGCCCAUAAGGGUAAGGUUUUGGGUGGUGAAGUUGCCAUGUGGGCUGAACAAACUGGCCCAACUGUCAUUGAUGGACGUCUCUGGCCUCGCUCUGCUGCUGCUGCUGAGGUCUACUGGUCCGGCUCUUAUGACAAUAAAGGCGCUAGACGUACUGUCAAGACUGUAUCUGAACGUUUCUACGAUUGGGUCUUCCGUUUACAAGCUCGUGGCAUUGACGCUGAACCCGUUCAGCCUAAAUACUGUGCUCGUCACCCUGGUGCUUGUGAUCUUAAUGAUCCUCAUGCCAAAUAA